AUGUUAUCUCAGUGUGAUGCAUUUGCAUCAUUCCUCGGAAAAAACAUAGACACUUCCAAAAUGAUAAAAGAGCUAUCAAAAAGUUGUCCAAAAAGAACCAAACAUCGAUUAGCUGCCACCAUCAAAGCAACAACAACUGCGGAAGAUGCAGAAGAAAGAAUGUCGAUUGAUUUAAUAAAAAGAUUGAUACAAACACCUGACAAUGUUUAUAAUCCCGAUUGUACAUCAAUGCCCUAUCAUCCACCAUUUUUACCAUCAGCUCUACUGGCAUCAUUUCAAAAUUAUGCAAAUGAAUUUAAUUUAACAUCAUCUGUCUAUCAUUUUUAUCCUUAUGCAUGCGAUUCACAAAUUAAAUAUCAUCAAAUUACAUUCAUGUCAGAAUCGGAUAUUUUAAAACGUCUUCAAAAUAUGACAAAUAUCCAUUUCAAUGAUACAAAAAUAAAUCGUUUUCACAAAAAUCAAAUUAUACAUGUAGUUACCAUCGUUUCACCAAUAAUAACCAAACGAUCAAUACAAACAAUUGUCAGAGAUGAUAAACAAAAUAUAAUACGUUUAUCAAUUUAUAAUUGGUUCGAGGAAAUAGCCACAGAAGAAAUAAAAAAACGUUUAAAAUGUAAGUCACAACUGAUUAUUGGAGAACCAUUCGUGAAAAUAGGAGCAGAUGGUGUACUUUUAUGUCGAUGUGAAAAUCCAAAAUAUCAACUGUUUUUUACAACGUACGAAAAUGAGAAAACGAAAAUGACCGCCGAUCAGUUAAGAGAAAUAGGAAAUGAUUGUUUUCGAAAUGGUGCUGUAUGUAGUGCAAUUGAUUAUUAUAGUGCUAGUUUAGAAAAAUCUCCAUUUGAUAUUGAAGCUUUAAGUAAACGAGCUGACUGUUAUUUAAAAGAACAUUGUUAUGAAUUGGCAUUGGAUGAUUAUCAAAGGAUCUUAACACAAUCUGUAUCAGACAAAUUAAAUAAACCAAACUGUACCAGUAAUAUUAAUUGGAGGUUCUAUUAUUAUUUGAUACGUGCACAAUUGUCAUUAAAUUUAUUUGAUAAUGCUGAAAAAUAUUUGAAAACAAUAGUUGAUUCGGCAAGAAAAUCAACUGAUAUACAAACAACGAAUAAUGGUAUUAUUGAACAAUUUUAUCAAUUAUAUAAUGUGGAUUUACCACGUUUAAAACAAGAAAUGAAUGGACAAUAUGAUAUGAUCGAUAUGUUACAAAAACAUGAUGUAAAAAAGAAUAAGAAUAAAAACUGGAAUGGAGAGUUCGAAGAAUUACAUGCUCAAUAUGAAAAAAAGGAUGUUUAUGAAUUUAGACAAUGUGAUAAAAAUUCGUCAGAUACCGUUGAUAAAGGCUACGGUGUAUAUGCUUUAUGUGAUCUUGAAAUUGGUACAUUAUUAUUUGUAGAAGAAGCGUUUGUUUAUUCUGUCGAACAAUCAACCGAAAUGUUAUUAGCCGAACAGCGAUAUGUGACACUGGGUCUUUCACAACAGACAAUUCAAUCUACCGGUGGUAAAGUUUAUACACAAUCAACAUCAAAUUUACUUCAUCAAAUAGAAAAACGUUUAAUUUUGGAAAAAACAAAUGUAUUAGAUAAAUAUUUGUCAGAUUUAAAUCCUAUAAGACAAUAUAAGGAAAAAAUGUUAAAAAAAGUUGAAGACGAUGAUGAUAAACAACAACAAUUUCUACCCUAUCGUUUAAUUGUUGAAUUACAUGAACAUAAUACAAUGUCAAAUGGUUACUGUUGUGGUAUAUGGCCAAAAUUAGCUCAAUUUAAUCAUUUAUGUUUACCAAAUUGUUUAUGGUUAAUUAUUGGUCGUUUCUGUUUCCUAAGUGUCUAUCAACCGAUAAAAAAAGGUCAAGAACUAACAAUUAGUUAUGUAUCAAAUUAUAAUUCUUAUGAAAAACGUACACGAUUAUUGUUCGGCUAUGCUAUUAAUGACUGUCUUUGUGAUCUUUGUCAGUAUGAUAAAAAUGUAGGAGAUAAAAAAAUGAGUCAAUUGUUGAAAAAAUGUGAUAUUUUAUCUGUAUAUGAUAAUGAUAAUAGUCAACAAUUAUUAAUGAAAAUAAGUAAAAAGUUAUCUCAUACGUAUAUCAAUCGCCCUCUAGGAUUUGUUGAACAACUAAAUGAACAGAUAUUUUUAAAUGAAAUAAAAAAUGGUUAUGUAUUUCAUUCGAAAAUAUUUUCAUAUUUACAUCAUAUAUUAACGAAAAAAGUAAAGAACGACGAACUUUCAUCAAUUUUAGAACAAAUAAUGAAACUAUUGUCCUAUUUUAAUUUGACAACAACUUCACAAAACACAAUUUUAAAUUUGCUUGGGCGACAUUUAGAAUGA